UCGAAAUCGGUUCUUGAUCUCCGCUCGCUUGUCGUGCGGUUCCGGCGAUUCCGAAUUCUUCAAGGAGAGAAGCAACCUCGAUUUCUCCACGAAUGACGGGGAACGAGCAGCGAAAUGGGGCAGAAUCGAGUAGUCCGGCGGCAGAGGCGCCCGAGGCCGCAGAGACGGCGGCGGGGGAGGCGGCGGAGAAGGGCCCCUGUGUGGUCACUGGCGUGGGGCGAUGCGGCGGCUGCGAGGCAGACGGCGACGGCGGCGAACGGGAGGGGGAUAGGAUGUGCCGGAUCUGCCACUUGAGUUCUCGUUCCGGGGAGGGGGGUUCCGAGCUGAUCCUGCUGGGGUGCCGUUGCAAAGGCGAGCUCGGGUUCGCGCACCGCCACUGUGCCGAGGCCUGGUUUGUGGUAAAGGGCAACAGAUGCUGCGAGAUCUGUGGCGCCAAUGCGAAAAACAUCACAAUUGUUAUAGACAGCAGGGUUCUGGAGGAAGGCCAUGCCAGGAGAGAGUUGAACACUCAAAAUCCACAUGACAGCGGCGAGACUCAGAUCGCUUGUUGGAGGCGUCUUCCAGUCUGCAAAUCGCUCAUGGCUUGCCUCAUAAUGGCGUUCCUUCUCCUAUGGUUCUUCCACGAAACUGUGAAGGUGCAUCAUCUUGAGCUCAGAAGGGAAAGGAAAUAGUGAAUUCACGCGAGGAUCCCAACAUUCAAUCUACUAAUGAUGAGAUCCUGCACCUUCCGAAUCCGACACCUGAAACAUAAGGAAGUAUCGAUGCAAUUACUUCUAAGGUCAAGGAAAUUCCUUCUCUAAAGUCUUAUAUUUUUACUAAAUAUUUUGAGAAAGUUAUUCUUCGAUUGAGAGAAUUGCGUGCAAAAUGUAAACACUACAAUGCUUCUUAUUAAUUCCAAGCCAGCGACGGCUAGGGGUCUUUGAAACGUCAUGUAGAAAUGAAA